AUGGAGUACCAACACCAGCCCCUUCAGCCGCUCGGGCCACCAGCGCCGCCGCCGCAGUUGCUGCCGCCCGCGCCCCCGCCGCCUCUACCCUCGCUGCCUCAGCUGCAGCACGCGCACGCGCACGCACACGCACAAGAAGACGACCGCUGGAACCAGUACCACAUCUGGAGACAACACGUGUUCGUCAACGGUCAGUGCUGUGCUCGCUCGCACCAGGAAGCGCCCGCGCACUUUCUCCCAGUUGGAUGCUGCCCGCGAGAGCCGUCGAAAAAAGAGAAAGUGCGCGAGCGCCGCCCGAUAUCGGACGCGACUUUUCGGUUCAUCGAGAGCUCUUUGUUUCGGUGA